AGGCAGAUCUUGCUUCUACCAGCUACUAUUUAGUCUGGGAUUUCCUGCACAUCCAUCAUUAAGGAUCAGACUUAGAAAAAAAGAUUAUCACUCUCCUUUGUUGCUGUUUUUCUAAUUAAAAUUUACUGGUGGAAUUUCUGAAGAUGGAAAAAGGAACCCAACCACAGGAUAUGGCUCCACCCUACCCUGGCCCUCCAUUGAAUUAUGGCGGUAUGGCGCCUCAACCAGGCUUCUCCGCUCAACCAGGCUUCCCAGCUCAACCAGGCUUCCCAGCUCAACCAGGCUUCCCAGCUCAACCAGCCUUUUCCACUCAACCAGGCUUCCCUGCUCAACCAGGCUUCUCCGCUGCUCCUGCUGGAUACCAGGGAGGCGAUUCAUUUGCUCCUGCUGUAGCUGCACCUGCAGUGUCUCACAUAAUAACUACUCAAACACUAAGAGACGUCCCUGGUCAGACUUUGUGUCUUCACUGUCAGCAAACUGUGAUCACCCAGACAGAGCACGUGUCAGGAUUGUUGACCUGGGCUAUUUGUGGAGGAAUGACCUUCCUGUUAUGCUGGCUUUGCUGUUGUAUCCCGUUCUGCAUCGACUCCUGUAAAGAUGUGGAGCAUCGGUGUCCAAACUGCCAACAAGUCCUCUACAUAUACAAACGGAUGUGAAAUCACAAAAAGAAAUAAAAUUAAAAAGAAUCAUUGUAAUUAUCUUCCUUUACUUUAUAAAUACAAAUAAUAAUAUAUGUUAAGUCCAAAGACGUACAGAUUGCACUUGUACAUGUGAUUACUUAUUUUAAAAGAAGUCCAAGGAAAUUUUGCUUUUAAUUCUUCAGUAAAAAAAUUGUUUGCUUUCA